AUGCCCAGCGUACAGAAAUACUCAUACUCUGGGCCCAUCGACCAUACCAUACCAGUUGACAAGACAAAGUUAGCGGGUAAAGGGGUGAUUGUCACAGGGGGUGCAAAUGGGAUCGGCGAAUCAAUUGUUCGGCAUUUCGUCGCUGCAGGCUCGUUGGUAACAUUCUGCGAUGUCAAUGCUGAGAAAGGCGGCGAAGUUGAAGCAGACAUCAAUGCCAAGGGUGGUCCUGGGAAAGCUCAAUUCGUCGCCUGCGACAUUCGAUCGUGGGAAUCGCAGGUUGCGCUCUUCGAAAAGGCCACAGCUGGAGGGCGUAGACUUGACAUUGUCAUUGCCAAUGCUGGAAUAUCGAGGAGCAGCAUUGACAGUCUGUGGAAGCUCGAUGAUCCGAAUGGUCCGCCGUCCAAGCCUGAUCUCAAGAUCGUCGAGACGAAUCUCAACGGCACACUUUACGGAUUCAAGCUAGCAACGCAUUACUUCCGCAAGCAGCCAAAUGACGAAGACCAUGAUCGAUGCUUCAUCAUGACAGGAAGCAUGGUGGCUUACAUCGAUUCUCCGGGCAAUUGGGAGUAUACUGUCUCCAAGACUGGUCUCCUGGGCUUUAUGAAAACUGUGCGCAGGAACAGCUGGCAGCAAGGCAUGCGGAUCAACUUCGUAGCUCCAUGCUACAUCCGGAGCGCCAUCCGCACAGCAGAAUACGAGAAGAGCCUAGUUGACCAAGGUGUUCGUUUCGGCGAGGUGGAAGAUGUGGCAAGCUGUAUGAUGCGGAUCGCGACUGACAGAUCUGUCAACGGACGUUCAAUCAUGAUAGUGCCCAGGGCGGUCGCUCGAGAGGGAUAUAUGGAUGUUGAUCUUGAUGACUUCGAUCAGGAUGGGUAUUUCAAGAACACGCAAGAGGUCCAGCUCAGGGUCAUAAAGGAUCAGUGGCUCGAUGGCGAGGCUCUCCAAAAGUAUAAGUAG